AAGAGUUCAUAGAAGGAAAUCAGUCAAUUGAAAUGAAUUCAUGAGGUCUUAAUCUAUGGAUUUCACAUGACUGGGCAGGGGCACAGCCAUGGGUGGGCCUGGAGGGCAUAGGCCCACCCAAUUGGGAGCCAAUCAGAAUGAGUUUUUUUCCCCACAAAAGGGCUUUAAUACAAACAAAUACUCAGUUUCAUCAGCUGUCCGGGUGGUUGAUCUCAAACAAUCCCCCAGGUGAAGAAGCCGGAUGUGGAGGACCUGGGCUGGUGUGGUUACACAUGCUCUACGGUUGGGAGGCCAGUUGGAUGUACUGCCAAAUUCUCUUAAACGAUGUGAGGUGGCUUAUGGUAGAGAAAUGAACAUUCAAUUUUCUGGCAACAGCUCUGGUGGACAUCCCUGCAGUCACAUGCCAAUUGCAUGCUCCUUUGAAACUUGAGACAUCUGUGGUCUUGUGUGACAAAACUGCACACUUUAGUGUCCUUCUAUUGUCCCCAGCACAAGGUGCACCUGUGUAACGAUCAUGCUCUUUAAUCAGCUUCUUGAUAUGCCACACCUGACAGGUAGAUGUAUUAUCUUGGCAGAGGAGAAAUGCUCACUAACAGGGAUGUAAACAAAUUUGUGCACAAAUUUUGAGCGAAAUAAGCUUUUUGUGCGUAUGUAAAAUGUCUUGGCUCUUAUUUCAGCUCAUGAGACCAACACUUUACAUGUUGCAUUUAUAUUUUUGUUCGGUAUAGUUUUUAAAUUAAUUUCUGAGUUCUAGUAAACGUUAAUAUUGUGAGAACGCCAGUGGGCGCAGUUUUUUCCCGAAAGCUACAUUUGGCCUAUUCAACGACAUCCGUCCAUAGCUGUCGUUGGUUUGUCUGUCAGUGUGAUUCCACGUCUGUGAGAAUGGAAGAGAAACCAGACACAGUCGCGUCUUCUCGGGAUGAGAGAAAAGCUAAAGAGAAGGCUGAAAUACUGCAAAGGGAAAUGCAGCGGAAGAGUUUCAAACUGGUAGCUAAAAUCCUGAAGAAGCAGGAGAGUGAGCGGACACAGGAGGAGUCUGCGGAUCUACUUCUGCACCAGGACACCGUACAGGAGCUGUGUUCGCGGCAGGUCCGCAGGAACGUUCUAAAGAGGAAGCAAGAAGAGGUAUUUGAUGAUACAGAGGACCUGAGGUGUAAAGUGGGACAGUUGGCUGAGGCAGUCAGACAGGCUCAACACCUGGUUAUCUACACUGGAGCCGGGAUCAGUACGGCAGCGUCCAUCCCAGACUACAGGGGACCAAAUGGGGUUUGGACACAGCUACAGAAGGGCAGAGCUGUCAGGUGAGACAGGCUGGAGUCAACAAGAUGGCAUCUUCGUCAUACUGCAUUGAAGCAACAUGUUCAUUGGAUGCUGCAUGAGGAGAACAUGGUGCAGCACGUAGUGUCUCAGAACUGUGAUGGGCUCCACUACAUACAGUACAUAGUAACUCACUGUAUUAUUCUGACAUUUCCUGUUUUACAGGUGUGUACUUCCUGUUCCCCGGUGAGGGAGUUUGUGCGACUCUUUGACGUGACGGAGCGCACCGCGAGGCACCGGCACGGGACGGGGCGGCGGUGCGCCCACUGCGGGGGCGAGCUCAGGGACACCAUCGUACAUUUCGGGGAGAGGGGCACCCUGGAGCAGCCUCUCAACUGGAGGGGGGCAACGAACGCUGCUGAGAGGGCUGACGUUAUCCUCUGUCUGGGCUCCAGCCUGAAGGUGCUGAAGAAGUAUGGCUGUCUAUGGAGCAUGAAUAGACCUGCUAUCAGGAGACCCAAACUCUAUAUCGUCAAUCUACAGUGGACACCUAAAGAUGACCUGGCCACGCUGAAGAUCCAUGGGAAAUGUGACGACGUGAUGCGUCUCCUUAUGGAGGAGCUGAACAUUCAGAUCCCUGCCUACAACCAGACAGAGGACCCUGUACUCAGCUUGGCCACGCCGCUGAGACCAGAAGAGAAGGACAGUUACACUCGUAAACUCAUAGCUCCGCCCGCUGGCGGGGAGGACUGCUCACCAGACUCCCUGGGACAGGCUGGAGGGAAGGACUGCUCACCAGACUCCCUGGGACAGGCUGGAGGGAAGGACUGCUCACCAGACUCCCUGGGACAGGCUGGAGGAACAGCAGUACAAGGAGGCUGGUUCGGACGAGGAUACUCCAAAGGGAGGAAGAGGAAGAGGAGGAAGGUGGUGUAGCAGAACGUUAAUCAUAGUAGAAAUUUGACAUUUGACGAUUCUCCAUCUCCUUUUUGUUCUGAUUGGUUGUUUUGAAAUGGACCUUGAAAGUAAGGAAGACGUACCAACAGAAAGAAGUGAGGGGGGGAAGAACCUCACUAAGACGGAGCUGUUUGUGAUGCAGAGUAUUAUGAAGUAUUAUUAUGGUUUCAGAUACUACCUCUUUAAGCCUGAGGGAGCAUCCUAAUAAUCUCUCCUUUCUGGUCGUCACUAGUUACCACAGCCACAAAGUCACAAACCCUGCCUCUUUCCACAAUUUAAAAUGUCAUUUUAACCCUAACCACACUGCUAACCUUAUGCCUAACCUUAAAUUAUGACCAAACCCCCCCCCAAACAAAUAAAUAUAUAUAUGAUCUAGCCAAUUUUUACUUUGUGGUUGUGCUAUCUAGUGGAAACACUUUCUCUUGAAGUGUGCACUUGUUGACUUCCCGUCAUGGGUUUAAAUGAAAAUGACCGGUAUUUGGAAAUUCCCUCUGAUCCAUGCCUACAAUAAUCCAAUGCUUUUAAGUUUGUGGGGAGUAGUGAACACUUCAGGAGGAGAGAUUAUUGGGCUGUAACCUAAGAGUUUGGUUUUUCAAUUGAAUGGUGCUUUUAUGUAAUUUCAUAGGAGUGGUAUUUUGUGUUUGUUACAUGCACAGCACCUUACUAACUUUCCUCAGGGUUGCCGUGCACAUUCAUGGCAUUAGUAUCUGUCAUUGGAUGGUGUUAUUGUCAGGCAUUUGGUUUUACAAUAAUGGAAGUGUGAAUUUAGGGUUUGUCCCAAAUGGCAACCUGCUCUCUAUGGGUCCUGUUCAAAAGUAGAACACUACAUGGGGAAGAGGGUACCAUUUGGGAUGGAAUCUCAGUGUUAAAUGUUGUGUUUUCUUGGUGCUACACAUCAGUGUUAAUAGAAGAGUCGCUGCCCUCCUUGUGGACUGGUUACGCCACUACGUAAACACUUGACAAAUAAUGUGACUUGUAUUUCUUUUUUUGAAGCAUAAACCAGGUUUCCAUUCAACCGUUUUAUAUGUUAUUACAUAUCAAAAUAUGGAAGACGAGGUGGGAUCUUUAUGUCUGUGAAAUGUAUCAUGCAGGAAAUGUCGCUGUAAACGCUUUUAUGAGCAAAUAUGGAUUUAAUAGCCGUCAUAUUAAAGUUAGUGAGAAGACCA